AUGGAAAAUCCGGUUAAAACAUUUCGGGUUCUGGAAUUAUUUAGUGGAAUCGGUGGUAUGCGAAUGGCACUCGAACGUGCUGGUAAAACGUUCGAAAUUGUAUCCGCCAUCGACGUAAACCCUGUCGCGAACGCCGUGUAUAGCCAUAAUUUUGGGACAGAUACUGUCCGCAAUGGUAACAUACUGAGUCUUAGCGCGGAAAAAAUAUCUAAACUUAACGUGGACACGAUUAUGAUGUCUCCUCCGUGCCAACCUUUUACGAGAAAUGGAAAGUUCGAGGAUAUCCAUGAUAGAAGAGCUGAUCCUUUCGUACAUAUUUGCGAUCUACUUGAUCAAAUGCCCAAGAUUGAAUUUAUACUAAUGGAAAAUGUAAAAGGUUUCGAAAAAUCAGAAGCAUGUGCUAUGUACAAGGAACGGUUGAUUCAGGCAGGAUUCCACUAUCAGGAAUAUAUCUUAUCUCCGCAUCAAUUCAGAGUACCCAAUACUCGUCACAGAUACUAUUGUAUAGCAAAACGAAAAAGCAGAAGUUUUAAACAUGCCAGCCAUGAUAUAAUUACAGACCUAGAAAACUAUAGUACGGAGAAUGUGUUGACAGUGGGAGAGCUAAUGGAACAGGAGAUUCCACAAUCUUUUCUUUUGAAAAGUACAACAUUGCUGAAGCAUCUUCCUCUUAUGGACGUUUGUACACCGGACUCAACUAAUUCCAUGUGCUUUACUAAAGCCUACACGCAUUACGCCGAAGGAACUGGUUCUGUGUUCUGUCCUCAUUCUAGAGACGAUUUUGAUAAGAUUUAUGCGAGAGCAAUGGCCGCCGAGAAUGAAGUAGCGAAAGAGGCUUUAUUGCGAGAGCUGCAUGUGCGAUACUUCACCCCGAAGGAAGUUGCAAGGCUAAUGAGUUUUCCCGAAUAUUUCUGGUUCCCAGAGUCUACCACGAACAAACAGCGCUACCGAGUUCUAGGUAAUAGCGUGAAUGUAUUCGUUGUGAGUGUUUUGCUAGAAGAGCUCGAAUAA